AUGGGGAAAUAUUGUCAUAGACGUUGUAGAAAUAUUUACCAAAGUUGUGACAGAUGGGCAAUGGAAGAAAAAUGUGAACUUGUUAGAACACAAACAAAUUUUUUUGAUAUAAAUUGUGCUGUUUCUUGUAAUUUAUGUAUUCCUGAUCCAGCUAUUACAUUAGAACCAAUUCAAUUUAUGAUGGGUAAAUGGUACUCUCAAGCUACAAAAGGUUUAAGAUUUCCAACAGACAUGUUAGCUAGUGAAUAUGAAGAAUUAUUAGAUAUUUCUCCUACACAAUAUCCACCAGAAAUAGCCAUUUUAAGUACAGCUAAUGAAGGACUUAAUAUGAUUGAAUUAGGGACUUUACAAAAUCAUGCUGUUACUCUAAAUAUUAGCUAUAUGCAAGUUCACCCUUCAUUAGACAAUGAUGUAUUGCCUUUAGGGGCAACUCGGCGUUUUAAGCGUUCAGGUCAAUUACUUGAAAUGACAGUAGCAAGGUUAUUUCCAGGAAAUAGAGUUUCUCAAUUCAAAAAAAUGUUUAAAAAAGUUAGAAAUUAUCCAUUUUAA